UUCCAAAGCACCGCUUCCUCAAAAGCAGCAAAAGAACAAAAUCAGAAUGCAGUUAGUAGACAGCAGAAGCAGGCAGCAGCACCCAGAAAACCUCCAUUUGGAGAUAUUUUUGUUCAACCCACAAAUGGCUGAUGCAACAAAUAAUUUCUAAACCAAUCUAGAAAAUCAAAACAAAACAUGUCACACUUCCCUUGCCAUGUUUAGCAACAAAAUCCUUUACCAUGUUCUUGCUGUUUCCAUAUUUUGUCUUCAUCUCUCUUAUCCCUUUUCUAUCCUCUUCGCUCUCAUUGCCUCCCUCUGCAAUUUAUCUUCUGCAGUUUCGUGACAGUCUUCCUCCACAUUCUCAGCAGCUCUUGCCAUGGAAUUUUUCAAAUUCACUUUCUUCUCCUUGCCAUUGGCCCGGAAUCACUUGCUAUUCCACCAAGAACUUUAAAGUUAAGGCCUUGAAUCUUUCUGGGUUUGGUCUAUCUGGGAUCUUGAGCAACUCUGUUUCUUAUCUCUGCCUCCAUAAACAUUUGGUCUCUCUUGACCUCAGUGGAAACAAUUUCACUGGUGUUAUUCCCCAGUUGCUUGGAAAUUGUGGAAAUUUGAAUACCAUUAUUCUAAAUGACAAUGGUUUUGAAGGUUUGAUUCCUUCUGAGCUUUUUCAAUCAAAGCAGCUUUUACGGGUGGACUUGGGUUAUAAUUCUCUUUCUGGUAAUAUUCCUCCUGAGGUAAGCUUUUGCUACAAGCUUGAAUACAUAGGAUUCUAUAACAAUUAUUUGAGUGGUGAGGUUCCAAGUGAAGUAUUUUCACUGCCAAAAUUGAAGUUUCUGUAUCUGAACACAAAUAACUUAACUGGGUCAUUAUCAGAUUUCUCACCUUCUUGUGCAAUCAAUGAUCUUUGGAUUCAUGGGAAUGCAUUUUCUGGGUCUUUGCCUCUUUCUCUUAGUAACUGCCGAAAUCUUACCGUGUUUAUAGCAUCUCAAAACAAAUUUGAAAGUGUCAUUGUACCAGAGAUUUUCAAGAGUCUUUUGCAACUUGAAAUUCUUUAUCUUGAUGAUAACAAAUUUGAAGGGGAGAUUCCAGAAACUUUAUGGGGUCUUGAAAAUUUGCAAGAGCUUGUUCUUUCAGGGAACAAGCUCAAUGGUACCAUAUCUGAGAAGAUAGGUCAGUGCUCUGAGAUAACUGUUGUUGCUCUUUCUGGUAAUAAUCUAGUUGGCCAGAUUCCUCCGUCAAUUGGAAAUCUAAAACAUCUGAACAGUCUAUUUCUCUUUGAUAACAAGCUUAAUGGCUCAUUGCCUCCUGAGCUUGGAAAUUGCACUUCACUUGCUGAACUCAGGAUUCAGAAUAACUUCAUUGGUGGGAAUAUCCCUCCUGAAAUUUGUAAUCUUGAGAAUCUUGAGGUUCUUUUUAUGUUCAAUAAUCGAAUUCGAGGCCACAUUCCCUGGCAGAUAGGAAGAAUGAGUAACCUUGUCCAAUUGGCCAUGUAUAACAACAGUUUAUCUGGAAGAAUCCCUUCAGAAAUUGCCCAUUUGAAAAAACUCAACUUUCUUUCAUUAGCUCAUAAUAAUCUUAUUGGAGAGUUACCUUCUGAUAUUGGGAAAAGUUCUCCAGGUCUAGUUAAACUGGAUCUAACUGGUAACCACCUCUAUGGACCAAUUCCUUCUACCAUAUGCAAUGGCAAUAAUCUUUCAGUUCUAGCCCUUGGGGAUAACAAGUUUAAUGGAAGUUUUCCAACUGUUUUUGGAACAUGUUCGUCCCUUAGGAGGGUGGUUAUUAGUAACAACCUUCUGCAAGGGAGUAUACCAGCCGAUUUGGAAAGGAAUUCUGGGGUUUCGUUUCUAGUGGUUCGCGGAAACUUGCUCGAAGGGAACAUACCUCCAGUAUUUGGUCAUUGGAGCAAUCUAACAAUGAUUGAUUUUUCAGAAAAUAGGCUAUCUGGUGCUAUACCUGCUGAGCUUGGAAAGCUUGAAAAUCUUCAAAUCUUAAGAGUUGCUUCUAAUAGACUGACAGGGAAUAUUCCCUCUGACAUUGGUAGUUGCAGAAAGUUGAUUAAAGUGGACCUAAGUAAGAAUGAGCUCUCAGGGAAAAUUCCUACGGAGAUUACUUCAUGGGUAAAAUUACAAAGCCUUCUCCUUCAAGAGAACAAACUUAGUGGAGUAAUUCCGGACAUUUUUGCUUCCCUUCAAAAUCUCUUUGAGUUGCAGCUUUCUGAUAACAAGCUCGAAGGUCCUAUUCCCUGUAGUUUGAGUAAUCUUAAGCAUUUUAGUUCAGUUCUUAAUUUGAGCCAUAACAAGCUCUCUGGUCAAAUCCCUGGCUGCCUUGGCAAUCUAGACAAGUUACAGAUUCUUGAUCUCUCAAGCAAUGGUUUCUCUGGUGAGAUACCGGCAGUACUGAACGACAUGAUCUCUCUUUACUUUGUAAACGUAUCAUUCAAUCAACUCUCAGGGAAACUCCCAGCUACAUGGAUGAAAAUAAUGGUUUCAUAUCCAGGGUCUUUCCUUGGAAAUCCUGAACUUUGUUUGCUAGGUAGUGAUGCAAGAUACUGUGGAGAAGCUAGAGAUGGCCAUACAAGAAGGUAUCAGCUGGCUGCUAUAGUUGUUGGGGCAGUUGUUUCUGUAUCAUUGCUUUGUGUUCUGAUUUAUGUUAUACUGGUUCGAGGCCUUCAGCAAAAAUACCACCGUGAUCAAUCACUUCAUGAAAGUCAAUCGGUGACACAAGAUUUACCAGAAGAAUUGAAAUUUGAAGAUAUAAUGCGUGCUACUGAAGGCUGGAACGAGAAGUAUGUAAUAGGGAGGGGGAAGCAUGGGACAGUUUACCGGACAGAAUCUAUGAACACCAGGAAGCAUUGGGCUGUCAAGAAGGUGAAUUUAUCCGAGACAAACUUUAGCCUUGAAAUGAGAACCUUGAGCUUGGUAAGGCACCGAAAUAUAAUUAGAAUGGCUGGUUACUGCAUCAAAGAUGGAUAUGGAUUCAUUGUUACUGAAUACAUGCCUGAAGGAACACUUUUCAAUAUCCUGCACGAACACGAACCUCGCUUGGUUUUGGACUGGGAAACCAGAUAUCGGAUUGCUCUUGGAAUUGCUCAAGGCCUUUCUUACCUUCACCAUGACUGUCUGCCACAGAUUAUUCAUAGAGAUGUUAAAUCAGAUAACAUUUUGAUGGAUUCCGAAAUGGAACCAAAGAUUGGAGAUUUCGGGAUGGCAAGAUUGAUCCUUGGUUCUGAAUCUGAUUUGAGCACAAGGUCUUCAGUUGUAGGAACAUUGGGUUACAUUGCACCAGAAAAUGCAUAUGCCACCCGAUUGACGGAGAAAGUUGAUGUAUACAGCUAUGGAGUCAUUUUACUUGAGCUUCUCUGCAGAAAAUUGCCAGUAGACCCCAGCUUUGAAGAAGAUCAGGAUAUUGUCGCCUGGACAAGGAAGAAGCUGCAAGAAAAUGAUGAGUACAUUUGUUUCCUGGAUGAGCAAAUCAGUUUGUGGGAAAUAGAUGAGCAGCAAAAGGCUUUGAGAUUGUUAGAAUUGGGGCUUGAAUGCACUGAACCAAUGCCUGAUGUGAGACCCUCCAUGAGAGACAUGGUAGUUUCUCUUAUCAAGUUGAACAAUUGACAUGAAACAUGUGUAAAUAAUAGAAAAAACCCAGAAGUUUUUGGUUGUCACUGAGGUGAUUUCCACUGCAGAACAGGAAGAUGUUAGAUGACAAAUUAUGAAUUGAUGAAAGUAAAAUGCCUAGAGAUAUUGUAACUAUUUCUUUUCAAGUUCAGUUGCCAUCAAUAUCUUUAAUGAUCUUAUCUUCUCUCAUAGUAUCAGUCCUUGGAAUGAAUAAGCAAACCUGUCAUAAUCUUACGACCUUGGGGAUGAAUGACGCAUACCAUGUGAUCCAGGCUUGAUGUUUUGUCUGUAUCAAAACAGGUUAGAAUUUGAGGCUCCUAGCGUUACUUUACAGGAUCUUGGGAUAAUUAUGAAAGUCCUUUAGGGGGGUUAGCCAAAUUACACUUUAAUCCUUCACUAUUUCUAUAUUUUGCAUUUUAAUUCUUCCACUACUCCACAUGUACACCAUCCCAAUUCCCAACCUGAUUAAUAAUUUCAAUUUCCAAACUUAUUUAA